AUGGUCAACCUCCUCACGUCUCUGCUUUUGGCCGGCGCCGCCCUCGCCGCCCCGUCAACUCCUGACCUCCGCACCGGAAACCCUUGCACCGAGAAAUCCGCACGCAUGGAGAACUGGCAAGUCAAGGACUUUGACUUCCACGCCAGCUACAUAUUCACCACGCCGGCGCACCAGAACUCCUGGGGCUACGUCAACUUCACCCUGCUCAACCCCAGCUUCCCCUCCAAGCCGACGCAGUGCUCAGGCACCUCGAAUCAGCUGAGCGACUUCUUCUACGGCAACUUCAACUACGACUGCAGCCGGUCCUGGCCCGGCCAGUCUGCCAGCUUCGCCUUCUCGCGGCCCGAGCAAGACCAACUCAAGGUCAACCAGACGUGGGAGUGCCGCGGCGAGGGCAGCCGCUUCUGGGCCGAGGGAGGCCUCAAGCUCAACCUGACCUGCGACGACGCCACCUGGACGAACCCGGACUGGAAGAUGGGCCAGAUCUAUUCCGAUCGCACUGUCAACUGCACUCACAUUGAUGCUACUGUGCCUGUUGAGACCAUGAGGGCCAUUGCAUAG